AUGGGCGUAGACCACUACUAUUAUCCGAAGAAACGCGCAAAUUCUUCAACAAACUGUCUACGCCACAUAACCAUACCAGCAACAUCGAGUUUUCUGUAUAACAAAAGUGAUUUCAUCUGGCAGAAUCCAACCGAAUUGAAUCUACUCGAUGUGAAGAAAGCGCCACUAAUGAACAACAUCGAUGAGCAUUGCUUCAUGCGACUUCUACCAUGUGUCCGUCGUCUAUACACAAUAUUCAAUUCCGUAUGUCCCAACAUCUAUCGUGUUCGCUGUACAGAUUCCUAUCGGGUUUUACAAGAAAUGAUUUGUUUAAUUGAAGAGUAUUUACACUUACGUUCAAUCUCCAUCAAUGAUAUACUCCUCAAUGAAGAUUAUUUUCAUAGUUUGAUCAACAAAGUGCGUCUAUCAACGUAUCGUUUGCCUGCAAAUACACACCGAUUGGCAAGUAGACCAGAAAUCCACUGUUUCGGUCAGGGUAUUCACACCAACGACGAACGUAAUCAGCUUUAUCAAACAUUAUUAUUCUGUUUCGAACUGAGAACUUCGAUUAAACACCAUCUGCUAUCGCCAAUCGAAGUCUUGAUUCUCGAUCCGAAUAAGAACAUGGUCAGAAAUAAUACGAAAUAUAUCAAUUCGUAUCAACAUGGUUAUAUCAAGUUAUUCUCGUGUAGUUACAAACCGAUAACACAAGCUGGCUUCUAUACUAUAUCGUUCUAUUCAAAUUCUAUCGAAGUAACAAAUGACCCAUUGACAGUUCUCAUAAAAAGUUCUGAUGAGAAAAAGGAACAAUUAUUAUCAGCAGCAGACAUGGAAAAGAUAAAUGAACAAGAUGUUCCUUCGUAUGAAUUGGAAGGCGAGGGAUGUUCAACAAAGAUUAUUGUCAAUUCAAUCGUACGUUUUCGCUUACGAAUUACUUCUUCGACGAACGUACACACAGUUGACUCGUUCGCUCUCUCGAUUCUCGAUCCAUUCGGUCAUGCGAUUGUUGUCAAACGUCGUGUACUUUCCUCGGACCUUCUGGAAUUAACUUAUCAACCAAUGUCAGUCGGUGCACAUGAAUUAUCUAUCGUAUUUAAUAACAAAUUGCAACGUCAAAUCACGAUUGAUGUUAAAAAUGAUGAAAUGAACUCUUCGUCGAAAUUGAAACCAUUCGGACCUGGUCUCAAACGUGCUAUUGUUGGUUGUCCAACGGAAUUUUACGUUGAUCUUCAUCAACAAUCAUUGGCAAACGGCAUGAUCAAUCAAAAUCAUCUUCAAUUUUCUCUCGAACCAUCAUAUCACGCAGAAAUCGAUUACGAACAAGAAAUGGCAACAUUGCGUUAUACUCCCCUGAAAGAAGGCGAUUGUCCAAUACAUAUACUUCAAUACAAUAAAGAUAUUACCAAUUCACCAUAUAUGGCUUAUGUCAAACAAGAGUGUUUAGCAGAAGGUAAACCUCGUGUACAAGUCAUCGGUUUACCCGAUGAGAUUAUUAUUCAUCGUUUGAUUGAAUUUCGUGUACUCGUUGAGAAUCCAUUUCCUGAUCCAAUGCACAGUCUACAUGUUGAAAUCCUCACUCCAGAUGACGAAUCGCCGUCAGUUUCUAUCCGUCGUCAACAGGAUUUCUCUUACGAAUGUUCAUUUAUUCCCGCUACAUUAGGACGACAUCUGAUUUCGAUUGAUUAUGCUGGUAUCGUGCCCGAGAAAAAUCCCAUCUAUUGUCAAGCUAUUCAAGAAAAAGAUAUUCAACUAACUGGUCCAGCCAUGCAUAAUCAAUGUUUAACAUUGAAUGAGCCAACGCACUUUUAUUUCAAACUCAAUGAUUUUCUCCCCAAACCAUCGAAUGCACUUCCGAUAACAUAUGAAAGUGGAUAUAAUUCAUAUGAUGAUACAUCACUGCCUGAGCCAACCCAAGAAGAAGAACAAGACAACGACGACGACCAGAAUUAUCGCAUUACUAUCACAGAUGCACAGGGAAAUGUCAAACCAAAUAUUUCGAUCAAUGAAAACCUCAACAAUGACGUGCGAGUUGACUUUACUCCAAAUGAACAAAUUUUGUUUAUUAAUAUUUCUUGUACUUGGUAA